AUGUCAGCCAAUGUUGUUCUUGUUACCGGAGGAAGCGGCCUUGUCGGAAAGGCACUUGAGGCAGUGCAUGGGCGCAAGCCUUGUGCUGGCGAAACAUGGGUGUUUUUGUCAAGCCGGGAUGCAGACCUCACAUCGGUGGAGGCAACGAAGGCGGUGUUCGAAAAGCAUCGGCCCCAUUAUGUGAUUCAUUUGGCAGCGAAGGUUGGUGGCCUUUUCAAAAAUAUGAGGCAACCUGUGGAGAUGUGGCUUGAGAACGUUGCCAUUAAUAAUAAUGUGCUGGAGUGUUGCCGCAUAUUCAAAGUAAAGAAGCUUGUCUCCUGCCUCUCCACUUGCAUCUUUCCCGACAAGACGACCUACCCUAUUAAUGAGGAUAUGCUACACAAUGGACCGCCGCAUUGCUCCAAUGAGGCCUAUGCGUAUGCAAAACGUAUGAUGGAAGUUAUGAAUCGCGCUUACCGGAAUGAGUAUGGGUGCAAUUUCACAUGCGUUAUCCCUACCAAUGUCUAUGGACCGCAUGAUAAUUAUGAUUUGCAGAAUUCUCAUGUUGUGCCCGGCUUAAUUCAUAGAUUUUAUCUGGCAAAGAAGGAGGGCAACCCAACGACUGUGAUGGGUACCGGUAAGCCACUUCGACAGUUUAUUUACAGCGAGGAUUUAGCAGAAUUGAUGAUUUGGGUAAUGCGUGAGUAUGCAGAGGAGAGUCCCGUUAUUCUUUCCGUUGACGAGAGCGACGAGGUAUCCAUUGCGGAUGUUGCCAAAAUGGUUGCAGAGGCUAUUGAUUAUAAAGGUGAAAUUAUCUUUGAUUCUAGCAAGGCAGACGGGCAAUAUCGAAAGACGGCCGACAACAGUAAACUCAGGAAGUACAUGCCAGAAUAUAAGUUUACCCCCAUGAAGGAAGGCAUUAAGCGAUCAGUCGAAUGGUUUGUUCAAAAUUACGAUAGAGCACGCAAAUAG